UAAUUUCCCCUAUAUUUCCCUUAAAUUAUUAUUCCUGUGUCAAAUCAGCGUUUACAGCCCAAGAGCUCACCGGCCAGCUGGUGCGCAGUUCCUCACCCCUGCCGAUCGUAGUGGCUUUGCUGCUUAUCUCUCCCAGUUUUUGCAAAUGUUGCGAUACCAGCCGAGCCGCCGGGUGAAGAUCGAGGAAUCUGCCGACCCCCCGACGCGGUACAGUGACGUGGACGAUGAAACCCUGGAUGACGGCGGUGAUGACGGACGCGGCAGCUUGAAACUGCGGCCUUCUAAUAGCAAUGUGACGGAGGAUCAGGAGCCGUUUAUGGGAGUCAAAGUUCGCCGGAGGGCCUCUCGCAAUCGGGAUUAUAUCGGUGAUUACCUCGAUGUUCAAUCCAGGCCUUUUGUUAUGAAAAUUCUCGAGAAACAAGGUGACAGAAAAGUUCUCUUUGCGGAUAAAGUUCUGAAGUUCACUGGUUCCGGCAAGAUGAAACGGCGUAUACUUCUAAUUACUGAUUUUGCCAUCUACAUUCUGGACCCAGAUACCGAUUCACUCAAAAGAAGGAUAGCUCUAGCAGCUGUUGAGAAACUUUGUUUAAGUGAACUAAGUGAUAAUUUCCUUGCUAUUAUUAUCCCCACAGAAUAUGACUUGCUCAUCGCUAGCACUAGAAAGACAGAAAUUGUUACUGUCCUAGCAGCAGCAACAAAAAGUGCAUCGGACUAUGAACUUGAGGUUUCCCUAUCUAACAGUUUUGAAUACAAUGCAGCUGCUGAAGUAGUGAAGGAAGUUCAAUUUGAGGAAGUGGAAGGUGGCGUCAGAACAAGAAUUGUGCAGAAAUGAGUUGCCGAGUUGGUUAAUCUCAUACAUGUGGGCAAGCAUGUACGUUGCUGCAGAAUUAUGAACUGAGAUCACCUGAGACUGCAUUUUUCAUGAUACAAAGGUGUUUUCUGUUUAUUCGUUGUCUCUGAGCUGAAUGUUUCCACUGCUCUCUGACACGGAAGGAAAUGUAGAUCAUGUGUGUGGUAUAUAUUAGAUCAAAACAGAAAGGAAAAUACAUACAAUUCAUUUCAUUUGUACCUGAGAGAAGUAAAUAUGGUUGAUUAUCAUGUUAAUCAAGAGUACUGCUUUAACUGGUUUUCUUUAAA